AUGGUGGGGCCUCCCACAUUUGUUGGAAAAGUGGGCCCCCUGAAGUUGCAAAAAGCCUGUCUUGAAAGAACCCUCAAGUGGAAAUUCACAAAUGAAGGACAGUUGCUGAAAUCUUCUUCACUUGAGCUGUGUAUGAAAAUUCAUGAGCCCGACUCGAUUAUCGGGUUGAAGAUGUGGGACGCUGUUUAUUCGGACAAAUCGAGCUCGGCUAAUGAGUGGGACUAUUCUGAUUCAGAAUCUACACCUGCUACGUCCUGGUCGAAUUUACCCAAUAGGCUAGUAUUGAUUGUGGAAACACUUGAUGAUGGGAUAGUACUAAUAAAAGUGUCUUUGUUGUGUAGGCCAUUGCCCGUGGAUGUUGGGAUGAACGAAUCAUCACCUAAUGGAUUCUUCUGUGGGACUUUGUACACUCUGUAUACUUAUGGAAGGACU